UAUACUUGCUGCAUUUUGAAGGACAGUAUGUAAAACAAAACAAGUAGUGGUCCCAAAUAGAAGGCCUUAUAUUUUAUAGACAGCGCUAGACCUUGACGUGACCUGCACUAGUAUAUGUUUUUCAUCCUAAUAAAUUAAUAAUUAUGACUAAUUGCCCAUCUGAAAUCAUGGGUAAACUAGGGAGGAAAUUAUCUAUUACUUUGUCAUACACCUUGUGUGUGCGUAUAAAUCACGAAGAAGAAUCCAACCAGAAAGCCACAAAUAACUUGUGGAGGGUACAAUACAGCAGUUAUUUGAAGGGCACCAUAUGAAUUAUAUUGAGUGCAUCAAUGUGGACUAUAAAUCAACGAGAAAAGAAUCAUUUUAUGAUCUUCAGCUUGAUGUAAAAGGCUGUCGUGAUGUAUAUGCUUCUUUUGACAAAUAUGUGGAGGUGGAACGUCUUGAGGGUGACAAUAAGUAUCAUGCUGAACAAUAUGGUUUACAGGAUGUUAGGAAAGGUGUUUUGUUCAUUGAUUUUCCACCUGUCCUCCAACUACCGCUAAAAAGAUUUGAGUAUGACUUUAUGCGAGAUACCAUGGUAAAGGUGGAUGGCUAUUUUAAGAUAUUCCCGAAAGUUGCACAUGGUUGGAUGGUUAGAUAUGACGUAAAAGACAAGCCAGCUGUGAAGCCUGCCGAGGAGGCCCAUUAGAACCUGUUGGAGUGGUUUGCUAAGAAUGUUAAGUGAGAAUUGGGGAGUCAGUUUCUCUUUUGUUCAGUCUUGGUUUCAUAUUAUUAUGAGACAAGAGUGUUGUCUUAGACAGAAUCAUGGCAUUUCCAGAUGGUUGGGACUACCUAUUAUUGAGCCUGUAUUACUAGUAACGUCUGAAUUCCAACAAAAUGAAUAAUGGGUAUUAGUUUAUAAUUCUUUAUCC